ACCAGAACCGGACCGAGCUCUACACAUGGCGGAGCCGCCCAGGGACAUCUUCCGGCUGAGCCGUGAUUGGCUGUCAGUACAGGAAGUGGUGGACUCGGUCAGCAGCAGCCGCUGCGGCGCCGUCUCUGUGUUUAUAGGUGCGACCCGGGAGGACCAGGUGGAGGGCAGGAAGGUGAUUGGCCUGCAGUACGAAGCGUACGAGGCCAUGGUCCAAUCAGAGCUGAGCCGGCUGGCGGCGGCCCUCAGGGCCCGCUGGCCCUCGCUGCUGCACGUCUGCAUCCAUCACCGCCUGGGGUGGGUGAAGGUGGGCGAGGCCAGCGUCGUCAUGGCGAUCUCCUCCCCGCAUCGCCAGGACGGCCAGGAGGCCAUCCAGCACGCCGUCACCCUGCUGAAGGCCAGCGUCCCCAUCUGGAAGAAGGAGGUCUACGACACCCAGGAGUCAUCCUGGAAGGAGAACUCAGAGUGCAGCUGGUCACAGAGGGGAGGAGCUUCUGACUGACCUCAGAAUGACCUCUGACCCCAGUGGAACAACUGGUUUAUUCUAACUGUAUAGUUAAAGUAAAAGCAGCUCCUGCAGGUCAUUCCUGAUCCGGGUUUCUGGAUAGAGUGGCACUCUGUCCUCAUAGAGGAUCUUUGAUACGCUAAGAGUUCUCACUCCUUCUGGUUUUCUCACCUGGGCUCCAUAUUUGGUCGUGGCUUCCUCAUGUCUCCAAGUUCCACCAAUAAAAACGCAGAUUCUCA